AAAAGACUGGGCAAAGGAGCGUAUGGGAUUGUAUGGAAGGCUAUCGAUAGAAGAACCAAAGACGUCGUUGCGCUGAAAAAAGUGAGACAUAUAUAUGUAUAUAGCUUAAGUCGAAAGAACUGAAAAAUUCUUGAAACAACAGGAAAAAUUUAUAUAGAAGAAAGAGAAGAGUUUAACAAGAAAUUUAUCGAUUUCUCAGAUAUUCGACGCGUUUCGGAAUGCGACUGAUUCGCAACGGACAUUCAGAGAGGUGAUGUUCUUGCAGGAGUUUGGAAAACAUCCUAACGUCAUCAAGCUUUUCAACAUUUUCAAAGCCGACAAUGACCGGUAAUUUGAGUUGUGCGUUAAAAUAGCCUCAAUGUGCGCUCUAUCGCACUUUCCGCUCUUCAGUACUUAUUCGUUUCAACUCCCGACCAGCCGGGCCGGCCUGGCAUGGGCUUAGGGCCUCGCUUUUGACAAAAAGUCUGCGCGGGCUCGGGCCAGUCCAGGCUUCGAAAAAAAAAAUUUGAAUUUCAUUGAAAACAUUUUCACCGAAAAAUUAUUAUUUUCUUUUUGAAUCAUAGUUUUUGUUUUUGGACCGGCCCUCGCACAAGCGUGCUACCGACUUAUAAUUCAAAUCGUCACUUUUCAUUCGUUUUUGUCAUUUCUUCGACGUUUCUCAGACACUGGAUACCCAUGAGCGAGUUUCAGAUGUGGGGAAGACUGGGGUGUCGGCUAGUUUUUGGCAAAUUUCAUCAAAAAAUGCUUAGAGAAUUUCUUAAACCAACAUUUAUGACCUUUCUUCUAUAGACGAUUCACGGCUAGCUUGGGACGCAAAAAGGCGUGGUCUGUCUGCACUCUCCACCAACCAGGACACUGUCUCGUCACUUUUCGUGGCAGGACCCUUUUCUCGAGGGCUCAAGCCAGCCGUGAAUCAGCGAUAACUGGCACGGUAAAAUGACUCACCAUGAAGUGUGCUGGAGUGCGCUUUGAUGGUUGAAAUUGAUUUUUGAAACCUCAACCAACAGUUAGGACCUUUCAGAGACAUUUAUCUCGUUUUCGAAUACAUGGAAGCAGAUCUGCACAACGUGAUUAAAAAAGGGACCAUUUUGAAAGACGUCCACAAGCAGUACAUAAUGUGUCAACUUUUUCGGGCCAUUCGUUUCCUGCACUCAGGAAACGUGUUGCAUCGGUCCGUUUCCCUUUUCAGCGUAUAUUUCGCCUCAUCUCGGGAACUGAAUAUCACAUAUGAAUGAAGAAGAAAACAUAUUUGAUAGUAACCAUUGUCCUUUUUCAACCACAUAAUGUGUCAAGUUAGGUUGCACGGAAAUGUUCAGAUUUGGACUGUCAACAGCAAACUUCGCCCCCAAAAACGCUCUGUGGAUGGCUUGCUUUUUUGAUUGUUUUAAUCUACGCAUGAGGGGCGGAGUUUGAGCGAUGACUUGACAUCAGAAAUCUGAACAGACUGUAUCUUCCGAAAAUCUUCUCCGUUCAACUCUGAGGCCGUAUGCAUGGAAAAUUAUUUUCUGCCAUUAUCCUGGAGUUCGAAAAUGACUUCAAUUUGUCUUUUUUCUUUCAAGUUUGUCCUUGCGUAUGUGAAUCUUCUUAUAAAUCUUAUUAAAUCAGAAAAAGUCGAAAUCAAUGAAUUAAUAGUGAGUAGGAGGCUUUUUCCAGUUUCAGGCAAUGGCGGAAAAUCAUUCUCCGCUUUAUUGCAUACGGCCACUGGUAUUCAGAAAAUAAAAAACGAAAAAUAAAUACAAGAAGUGUUCAAAGGUUGAAAGUUUUGAUUUCAUAUGUUGAUAUUUUGAAUUUCGAGACCAUGUCCUGUAGGAUGAAACGCACUAAAAACAGUUUGACGCCACCCGCUAAAAAUCUUCAACUCAGCUUUCUUCAUCUACUUCUUAAGAGAUCUGAAGCCAUCGAACGUUUUGCUGGAUGCCGACUGCAGAGUGAAAUUGGCAGAUUUUGGACUCGCUCGCAGCCUUUCUUCGGUCAGUCUCGUUUUUCGAACGGUUUCAUGUUUUCGUCUUGCAGCUGGAGGACUAUCCUGAAGGACAGAAGAUGCCGGAUCUGACUGAGUACGUCGCCACGAGGUGGUACCGGAGUCCGGAAAUUCUCCUCGCUGCUAAACGCUACACCAAGGGCGUCGACAUGUGGAGUCUUGGCUGCAUUCUCGCCGAAAUGCUCAUUGGCCAGUCAUUUCUUUUUUCAAGUUUGUAGAAAAAACAUAUAUGCGCUGUAAUUGUCACUCCUUUCUUUGAACGGAAAAUCAAAAAAUUGGUUUUUUUUUUAAAGUUUUUAGGCCAGUUUUUCAUCGUGAUCAAAAGGUUUUUUUUUUGAGUUUUACGUGAUAUAUUCAUUAUCGGCUAUAAAAUAGCCGCUAUUUUGUUUCAAGCUAUUUUGUUACGAUGAAUUCAAAAUCUCUACCAUGAUAGGAACUAUAGCCAAAGGACAAAACAUUAUGUGAUAAAUUUAUUUUAAUCUUUCGUUCGUGGAUGAAAUCAUUCAGAAAGCCGUGUAUAGCCCAGCUUCAAACGAUUUUCUUCAAUUUUUUUAUUAGGCAAAUUAAGCGAACUUCUGGGAAUAGUUCUGGAUCUUUCUUUUUGAUAAAAAUACUGAAGAUUAAGUCUAAAUAAAAAAUCAUCGAAUUUUUUUGUUGUAACUUGAAUCAAAUGCAUGAUUUCGUAUGAAAAUUGUAUUCCGACAAAAAAAUCAUCGUUAAAAAGUUAUUUCUUGUUAUGUUGUUCGAUAGAUCUAGUCAAAAAAGUCGACAAUGGAUAUAAUUCAUUUUUCAAGACCCAUACCUAUGAAAGUUCCUAGACUGCCAAGAACCUUUUCGAGAAAUAUUUCUACUAUUCAAUUCAAAAUUUUUUAGAGGAUUUCGCUAAUCUUGGCCUACGUUAUAUAUAGAGACAGUUUUUUUUUAAUUACUCGAUCGAUUAUUAGCAUAGGCGACUUCGCGGAUUUUCAGGAAGAGCGCUGUUUCCGGGUGCUUCCACAAUAAACCAGAUUGAACGGAUAAUGAACACGAUCAGUAGGCCGACGCGCGUCGACAUUCAGAGCAUUGGGAGCUACUAUGCGGCCUCGGUCCUCGACAAAAUGCCACAGAGGCCGCGGAAGCCCCUCGAAAUCGUAAUUCCGACGGCAGGACCCCACGCCCUCGACAUGCUUCACAGGUACGUCGUCGCCUCAAAGAAGUCAUCAAAAAAUUAAUUAACUGGAAGCAUGUAUUUCUGAAACUGACUUUUAUCAUCUAGGCUACUCAUUUUUGCGCCUCAUCGGAGAAUGACGAUAGAACAGUGUCUCGUCCAUCCAUACGUCGUCCAGUUUCACAACCCAGCUGAUGAGCCCGCUCUCAAUUAUGAAGUUUGCUUUCUAGGACUCAUUAGUCAACUGAAAUUGAGUUAUCUAAUUUAAAAAUGGAAAUUUUUUUGAAGACCUGUAAGCUUCUAUUCUAGUAUUGAUAUUUUUAAUUUCAAAGAAAAAGGUUGGUUUCAUGAAGAGAACAAUUUUAUGCCACGUACCAGAGGUGGAGGAUGGCUGCCCACUGGCCGCCCUGCCUGCCAAGCCAUAAACGCCCAAAAGCAGAAAUGACUUUUUCAAUAGUAAGUCAAUGACUCAUUUCUAUCGCUUGGCCCAAUGGCUUGGCUUGGCCGCCAAGCCAAGGGCUGCCUUCCUAAUCCUCCACCUCUGCCACGUACUAACUUUUUUUGGGGUUUCCUACUUUCUUCCAGUGACUUUUUUAAGCCCUGAAAACUGACAAGGUCAUUUUUGUCUUUAUUAGUAACACUAGGAUUAAGAAAAUUUUAAUUAAGUGGAAACCAAUUCAAAAAAUGGGCGUGACGUUUUAUUUUUUUUGCCGUUUUUCAGGUCAAUCUACCUCUACCGGAUCACAUCCAGCUGUCCAUCGAUGAUUAUCGCAACAGAUUAUAUGAAAUGAUGAGCGCCAAGAAAACGCACAUCCGUCGUAUCCAGCACGACAAGAUCCGUUUCGUGAGUCCACAUUCAAAGAAAUUUUUAAUUUUCUGUUGAACCGCUCUUUCGCAAUUAAAACCAAAAAAAAAGAAACAAAGCUCAGUCAGAAGAAAAAAAACGAAGAAAAUUUUCAAGAAUCAUUCAGUUCACUAAGAUUUCUCACGAUUAUUUUCCCUCGGAGAACUGACAUGGAAAAAAAUUUUCUUUCUGGGACGAUUAUGUUGCCAAGUUCGGAAUGUAUACUAUUUUUUGAGACUUUUGAUCAACUUAAUUCAGGAAGAUCAAAAACGAUUUUCGGACGAGCGUUCCUCGGAAGAAAGCCGGACAGCAGAAGCAAGGGCUCCGAUCGCGCAGGCAGAGUGCAGCGACACCGACUACGACACGGCGCGAAGCGUGGCGCGGGCGGCCAGCGUCGACAAAAACGGCAGCUCGCACGAGAGCAGCAGCGGCACGUUGAGAGGUGCGUAUGUCAGAAGUUCCUCCUCAAGAUGAUGCUCCAGAAAGAGCACAGUCCGCCGACUCUCGCACUUUUAAAGGCAACUCCUCGGGGAAGCAGAGCGCGACGUCAACGUCGAAGCAGCCAAGACGGCGGUCUAUCGACCGACCUCGACUCUUCAGCGGACUCAAAUCUUCGAAACUGAUGCAUCCUCAAAAACUAAUCUCUAACUACUGA